AUGUCUUUACAAGAAAAGGGCAACACGCCUCCUGGCGAAUGGCCACCUGGCGAUGCAACGCCCAGGCAAACACCCGCGCAAACACCCUGCAAAGUCUCAGAAGAGAGCCAUCACGGCAGCCGUCAUGGCCACACCCACGACGACGACCUCGAUGACCAUACUGAAGCCCGCGUCCAGCGCCCCCAGUCCCUUGCCGGCGAGGUCCUCUUCAUCGCCGUCAUCUGCUCCUCCCAGCUCCUCGCGCAAGCAGGUCUCGCCCUGAGCAUCGUGCCCCAGCACAUCAUUGCUCGCUCCUUUGGCAUCGAGAACCAGCCCGGCGAGGUGAGCUGGUUCUCGGCGGCAUACUCCCUCACCGUCGGCACCUUUAUCCUCAUCGCGGGCCGUCUCGGCGACGUCUUUGGCCACAAGCGCUUCUUCGUCGGCGGCUUCGCCUGGUACGGUCUGUGGUCCGCCCUCGCCGGGGUUGCCGUAUACAGCGGCCCCGUCUUCUUCGCCUUCUGCCGUGCCAUGCAGGGCAUCGGCCCGGCCUUCUUGCUGCCCAACUCCAUCGCCAUCAUCGGCCGCUGCUACGACCCGGGCCUCCGCCAAAACAUGAUCUUCAGUCUGUUCGGUGCCACCGCCCCCAGCGGCUUCCUCCUCGGCGCCGUUUUCGCCAGCCUGCUCUCCCAGAUGGCCUGGUGGCCCUGGGCCUACUGGGUCAUGUGCUUCGCGUGCCUCCUGCUGGCCCUCUUGGGCGUCUUUGCCAUUCCCGCGACGCCGCCACCGACCAACCCGGAGCAUGAGGGGUCCAGCGCCUGGCAGCGUGUUGACGUCUUCGGCUCCGUCACCGGCGUGGCCGCCCUGGCUCUCUUCAACUUUGCCUGGAACCAGGGUCCUGUCGUGGGCUGGCCGACACCUUAUACGUACUUCACCAUGAUUAUCGGCAUCCUCAUCUUCGUCGUCUUCGUCUUGGUCGAGAAGAGGGCGCGACACCCCCUGAUCCCCUUCGGCGUCCUGAAAAUCGACUCCCUCUUCACCCUGGCCUGCGUCAGCGCUGGCUGGGCCAGCUUCGGCAUCUUUAUCUACUACAUCUGGAAUUUUCUCGUGGUCCUGAGGGGUCAGACUCCUCUGUAUACGUCUGCUCAGUUCGCUCCCAUCGCCAUCAGCGGGCUAUUGGCCGCCGUCACCACGGGUCUGGCCUUGAGUCACCUCCGCCCCUCGACCGUGAUGCUCAUCUCCAUGACCGCCUUCCUCGUCGGAGGCAUCAUUUUUGCGACGGUGCCCGUCCACCAGACCUACUGGGCGCAGACCUUUGUGUCCGUUAUCGUCUUUCCCUGGGGUAUGGACAUGUCCUUCCCCGCCGCCACCAUUGUCCUGAGUCGGGCUAUGCCGCGGCAGCACCAGGGCCUCGCUGCGUCGCUGGUCAACACCUUUGUCAACUACUCCAUCUCCAUUGGGCUCGGGUUCGCCGGCACGGUCGAUUCGCAGGUAAGCGACGGAGGGAAGAAUGUUCUGCGAGGUUACCGUGGCGCUUUUUACAUGGGCAUCGGUCUAUCCAGCUUGGGCGUAGUUGUGGCUCUGAUCUUCUGCUUUUUGGAGCGUCGUCGGUCGAAUGUGUCUGAGGAGAUAGCAGGGGGGUCGAGCCAAAUGGAAGUGGAGCUCACUUAA